AUCAACUAUGAUCAAAAUAGAUUGUGGGAUUGUAACUUUUAUAGAUUGUUGACUAAUCAACUGUGAUUGGGGCAUAUUAUAUGGGAUUGGAGCUGAUAUAGAUUGUUUACUAAUCAACUGUAAUUGCGGCUGAUUAUGUGAGAUUGGGGCUGAUGAUCUAUUAGACAGAACUCUCUGGUAGAGCUCCAUAGUUUUUCUAAUCAAUUCAUGAGGCUUUUCAUACCAUCCAACCUGUACAUUACUACUGUAAAUAUCAUUCUCCUAAAAGUAAAAAGUGUAAAUGUUUCAUGGAAGAAUUUUGAAACUCUUGAAGGGGAACUUGUUGAAGCUAGUACUUGGAUAUAAAAAGGAUUUUUAGAAGAAUAGGAAAUUGUAUAAUCUGAAGAGCUGGUUAGGGAUACGAUAAUUUUAAUGCUAAUCUAAUGUUGCAAUGGUAAACGGAGUAUUCCCAGGAACUAGACAUUGUCGUGUUUUAAUUUUACCAUCUAUUAUCAUUCUGAUGGAUGGUGAAGUCGACACGAUACGGAAAUACCAGCUAAAGUUCUGAACUGAUUUUGGCUAUUCAAGGAAAUUUAGCAUCUAUUCUGAUAACAAAAUGUCCUGCUUCGCGGCCAGUAGAUUAUGUAGAAUUGAAUGGUUGUUCAAGUAAACUUUUGUUUGCAUCAGUAUAAUUACUGAAACGGUUAUGGUUAAAACUCAAAUGUGAUGCCAAACAUUGGAAUUCAACAGUGGGAUGACUGUAUGACUGGCAAUUGUUGUUUGUAACUUGCUAAGGAUGGAAACAAUGAUACUUUAAUGGUCACUAUAUGUUCCAAGAAAAAUAAUGUUAAGGUAGAGCGAAGUAAUAGAGAUAUAUAGGAUAUGCUAAAUGUGAUGCUUAAAAGAUGCUAUAUGUAUAGUUGACAGUCAUCUUUGCUAAAAAUUCUCUUUGAGAUUACAUAAUUUGUUUUCGUAGGUUACAUUUUGUGAUUAUGUAAUUACCUUUUCUCUACAUAUUUUUUUCAUUUGUUUUUCUGUUUUCCACAGUCAACUGGAUAACAACCACUUUGAUGGUGCGAAAAUCCCAGCUUCAUAUGGAAACAUGUCUACAUUGCUGAAAUUGAGUCUGAGGAACUGCAGCUUGGAGGGAGAGAUCCCUGACAUGAGCAGGAUACCGAAGCUCGGUUAUCUAGACCUCAGUUUAAACAAGCUCAAUGGAUCUAUACCUCCAGGCAGGCUUUCUGAUAAAAUCACAACUGUCAACUUAUCCAACAAUAGUCUUACCGGAAAUCUUCCUGCCAGCUUAUCUGGUCUUUCUCACCUUCAAAACUUGUUACUGGCAAAUAACAAAUUGAGGGGCCCUAUCAUGUCUAGCAUUUGGCAGAACAGGACAUUGAAAGCAAAUGAGACUUUCACCUUGGAUUUGGAAAACAAUAUGAUUUCAAAUAUUUCAGGGAGUUCCAGUGUCCCUCAAAAUGUCACUCUUCGGCUUCGAGGCAAUCCUUUAUGCUCAAAUGCAAAUUCAGUGCAUUUUUGUGGAUUACAAAUAGAGAAAGAAAAUGCUAGUCACAGAACAGAUUCUACUGAUGGUUGUCCCCCAGAUGCAUGUCCCCCAUCUUUCGAAUUUUCCCCAGGAUCUCCUGUACCUUGUCUUUGUUUUGCUCCUUUGCCUGUUGGAUAUAGAUUGAAAAGUCCUGGAUUCUCAAGUUUUGGUCCAUAUAAAAAGACAUUUGAAGAGUUCUUAACCUCUGGUCUCAAUCUGCAUAUUGAUCAGAUGCACAUCGAUUCCUUCCAAUGGGAAAAAGGACCUCGACUAAGAAUGUACUUGAAAUUUUUUCCUUUACAUGAUCCUAACAUCAGCAGUUCUCGUAUCUUCAACAAGAGUGAGGUUCAACGAAUUAGGCGGUUAUUUAUGGGAUGGAAUAUUCAUGAUAGUGAAAUAUUUGGUCCCUAUGAACUUCUGAACUUCACUCUGUCAGAUGUUUACAAGGAUGUGUUUCCAAAUUCAACAUUCAAUCUUAAUAAGGGUGCACUAGCUGGGAUAAUACUUGGAGCUAUUGCUUGUGCUGUCACAUUAUCUGCAAUUAUCUCACUUAUUAUCUCAAGGUUCUACUUGAGGAGCCACCAUGUACUUUCUAAACGAAAACAAUCAUCUAGGAUCUCUGUUAAAAUCGAUGGAGUUAAGAGUUUCACUUACAGAGAAAUGGCACUGGCUACAAACAAUUUUAACAGCUCUGCCCAAGUUGGCCAAGGAGGUUAUGGCAAAGUUUACAAAGGCAUCUUGGCCAAUGGCAUGGUUGUUGCCAUUAAAAGAGCACAAGAGGGCUCAUUGCAGGGUGAAAAAGAGUUCCUGACGGAAAUUGAGUUGUUGUCAAGAUUGCAUCACAGAAACCUUGUUUCUUUGAUUGGUUAUUGUGAUGAAGAAGGUGAACAGAUGUUGGUGUAUGAGUUUAUGCCAAGUGGCACCCUGAGAGAUCGUCUUUCUGCUAAGUCUAAAGAACCUCUGAAUUUUGAGAUGAGAAUGAGAAUUGCCUUGGGUUCGGCAAAGGGUAUCCUCUACCUACAUACAGAGGCUGAUCCACCAAUAUUCCACAGAGAUAUUAAGGCUAGCAACAUAUUACUGAAUUCUAAGUUCACUGCAAAAGUUGCUGAUUUUGGCCUUUCAAGACUUGCCCCAGUUCCCAAUAUUGAAGGGUCUGUACCUGGUCAUAUAUCCACAGUUGUGAAGGGGACACCGGGUUACCUUGAUCCGGAGUACUUCUUAACUCAUAAAUUGACAGACAAAAGUGAUGUCUAUAGCCUUGGAGUUGUAUUUCUAGAGCUUCUGACUGGGAUGCACCCAAUCUCGCAUGGCAAAAACAUAGUUCGAGAGGUUAAUGUUGCAUAUCAAACCGGUAUGAUCUUCUCGGUCAUUGACAGUCGAAUGGGCUGUUAUCCCUCUGAAUGCGUGGAAAGGUUUGUAAAUUUAGCCCUGAACUGUUGCCAAGAAGAAACCAAUGCAAGACCUUCAAUGGCAGAGGUGGUCCGGGAACUUGAAGAUAUAUGGUUCAUGAUGCCUGAGUCUGACAGCAAAACGGAAGAAUCAGUAGACACCGAGUCUGGAAAUAUUGUAACUCCACCAUCAUCAUCUGUGAUGAAGAAUCCUUAUCUCUCAACUGAUGUCUCUGGUAGUGACCUUGUUAGUGACGUAAUUCCCUCCAUAAGACCUAGAUGAAGAAAUACUAUGAGACCCAAAAAAAAAUAGGAGUUGCUGACUUCUAAUACAAACUAUAGUUUUGUUAGAUAAUUAGAACUUACAUGUCCCUUGUUGAGGAUGUAGAUUCGAGUUUGUUGGCUGUUGGUUCUUAUCAUAUAGUAACUAAUAAAAACAUAAAAUAUUUGUAUAGUUUUUUUUUUUUAUUAUAAAAAAAUAAUAUGUACUAGUAACAAAGUUGUAAGAUAUUGUGUUGUUUUAACAUGAAA